CCUGGCGCUGGCCCCGCCCCCUCUCCCGGGGCUCUCCCGCCAUGGCGGGGCGCUGCGCGGCGCUGCUCGUGGCCGUGUUGGGAGCGGCGGGAAUGAGCCUCGAACCCAUCGUGUGGCACUCGGGGAACCGCCGGUUCCUGACGUCGGGGGGUUACACUUUGUACCCCCAAAUCGGGGAUCGCUUGGAUUUGCUGUGCCCCAAAGGGGGGAUUUUGGGGUCCCCCCCCUAUGAGUACUAUAAGCUUUACCUGGUGGGGGGGGCGCAGGCGCGGCGCUGCCGUGUACCCCCCGAUCCCACCCUCCUCCUCACCUGCGACCGCCCCCGCCGCGACCUCCGCUUCACCCUCAAAUUCCAGGAAUUCAGCCCCAACCUCUGGGGAUACGAAUUCCGGCGCUUCCACGAUUAUUACAUCAUCACGACGUCGGAUGGGACUCCGGAAGGGUUGGAAAACCGUGAGGGCGGAGCCUGUAGGACCCAUGGGAUGAGGGUCACCCUGAGAGUGGGACAGCGACCCGGAGCAGCGCCGGAAUCAGAGGGCACAGCCGCUGCCGCCAAUCAGACGAGUGUCCCCCCCCCCGAUUUUUCCCCCCCCGGAGGAUCCCGGUGGGUAUUUGGGGGUGCGGGGGGGGGGACAGCAGCACUUUUAACCCUUCUCGGCUUGGGGGGGGCAUUAUGGUGGCGAUAUCGCCCCCCACGACGCACCCCCAAAACCCCCCGAGGGAGGGGACACCCCCCCCUUGGCCCCCCCUGUCCUCUCCGGGAUCUGCCCCCCCCCACUGCCCCCCCAAAUUACUACAAAGUAUAA